AUGUCCGAAGAAUUAAAUUCAAGUCUUGAUUCUCUAGAAUUAGAUUUAUACCAUAAACCUAAUCCUCGUAUUAAAACUAUACUUAACUAUCUCAGAGCAUAAAAUAUCAAAUUUUGUACGGACCCAAAGAAGAAAGAAGAAGACUACUAUUCUAAACAGUCAGAGACCAAUUCCGAUAUUGAUUUUGGCAUGAGAAGAAAUAGAUUUGUAAUAAGAGGUCCUCAACGAAAAGGAAUAACCAUAGUUUCAAACACCUCCUGA